UGCUGGCGAAUGAUGAAUGCGGGAGGCGAGAGCCUCUGAGCCAGCUCCUCUGCGGCGCCGGGAGAGGCUCCCUCCGCUCGCUCGCCUGAGCUGACUGCGCGUUGGGCUCCUGCGGGUGUGCGCCGGUUACGCACCAGACCCCGCAGCUCAGCGGAGCGAGGAAGCCGAGCCGGAGCUCCCGCCAACAGCCCGCAAGGCAGGGCUCAGCUGCAGAGGAGGCAGCUGCUACCCCUCGCCUACCCCCUGUCUCUCUCAGCCCCCCGCACCCCGGGGUAAAAUCCCCUCCUCUCUUCCACCUGGUUUCGCACUUCAUCCUGCCAAUACCUGGACAUUUACUCAGAGACCGCCAAAGUCCCGGAGACUUCGCUUUGCCCAGGAGUCGGGAAAGAGGAGGCGCUGGGAUUUAUUUCCACCCCGGGUGGAAACCUCCACCAGCCGAAGGCAGCCGGGGCAAGAGAGCGGCGGAGGAAAGGAUCGGACAGCUGCAUUCUCACUGCAUCUGGUGCCUAGUUGGACUAACCGGGAGAGUGGAAGGAGAGGAUGGUGAUGGUUCUCCGGGCGGGUUGCAGGGCAGCUCUCUUCCUGUGGAUUUUCAGCAACAUCAGCUGCAGAGCCCGGACGGCGCUCCCCACCUCCCAAAAAUGUGACGAACCAUUAGUCUCCAGCCUAGCCCACUCUUCCUUCAGCAGUUCGUCCUCGCUGUCAAACAGCUAUGCAGCUGGGUAUGCAAAGCUAAACAAGAGAGGAGGGGCUGGAGGCUGGUGUCCGUCGGAUAGUGACCAUUACCAGUGGCUGCAAGUGGACUUUGGCAAUAGGAAACAGAUCAGCUCUGUUGCGACUCAAGGCAGAUACAGCAGCUCCGACUGGGUAACCCAGUACCGAAUGCUUUACAGCGAUACAGGAAGGAACUGGAAGCCAUAUCACCAAGACGGGAAUGUCUGGGCGUUCCCUGGAAAUGUCAAUUCUGACGGCGUGGUGCGGCACGAUUUACAGCAUCCAGUGGUAGCACGCUAUGUGCGAAUCCUUCCUCUCGACUGGAGUGGAGAAGGUCAGAUUGGGCUGAGGAUUGAGGUCUACGGCUGUCCAUAUUGGGCUGAUGUUAUCAAUUUCGAUGGUCAUGUUGUAUUACCGUACAGAUUUGGGCACAAGAAAAAAACCCUGAAAACGCUGAAAGAUGUCAUUGCUUUGAAAUUUAAAACCUCUGAAAGCGAAGGCGUGAUCUUCCACGGAGAAGGCCAGCAAGGAGACUACAUCACCCUGGAACUGAAAAAAGCCAAGUUGGUCCUUAGUUUAAAUUUAGGUAGCAACCAGUAUGGCUCAAUUUACGGCCACACAUCUGUGACAACCGGCAGCCUCUUGGAUGACCACCACUGGCAUUCUGUAAUGAUAGAGCGGCAUGGGAGAAACAUCAACCUUACACUUGAUAGACACAUGCAGCAUUUUCGGAUCAAUGGGGAAUUUGAUUACUUGGACCUGGACUAUGAGGGACCACGAGGAGACUCCCCCCCAACCUCAGUGCUCAGGCAGGUUCAUGUGGGCACAGGUGUUCCUUCAAAUAUUGGUUUUAAGAUCCAUUUAACUGGAGUACACUUCGACAUGCUUAUUUUAGUUGCAAGCAUUGCUCCAUUCAGAUUUGAUUUCUCCAAAUCAGGCACUGGACUCAACGAUGGACAAUGGCAUGAAGUCCAACUCUUAGCAAAAGAAAACUUUGCAGUCCUCACCAUCGAUGGUGAUGAAGCUUCCUCUGUUCGGAGUAAUAGCCCACUCAAAGUAAUGACAGGAGACAAAUAUUUGUUUGGAGGUUUCCUGACACAGAUGAACGUCUUGGAGCAUUCCGUUCUGCACCUGUCCUUCCAGGGUUGCAUGCAGCUUAUCCACGUGGACGAUCAGCUGGUGGACUUGCACGCGGUGGAGCAAGGGAAACUAGGAAGUUUUGCCAAUGUCAGCAUCGACAUGUGCGCCAUUAUUGAUCGGUGUGUGCCCAAUCACUGUGAACAUGGUGGAAUAUGCAACCAAACAUGGGACAGCUUCACGUGUAUGUGCGAUGGAACAGGAUACAGUGGGGCCACAUGCCAUAACUCUAUUUAUGAACUCUCCUGUGAAGCAUAUAAACAUUUGGGGAAAGCAUCGGGUUCCUACUGGAUAGAUCCAGAUGGCAGUGGUGCUCUGGGACCUUUGAAAGUUUACUGCAAUAUGACAGAGGACAAAGUGUGGACUAUUGUGAAUCAUAACCUACAGAUACAGUCGGCAGUGGUGGUCCACAAACCAGAGAAGGACGCUUCACUUCAGCUGAACUACAACGCCACCAUGGAUCAGCUCUCUGCCAUCACCAGCAGUGCCGAGUAUUGUGAGCAGUUCAUCUCCUACACCUGCAAACUGUCAAGGCUGCUGAACACCCCAGAGGGCAAUCCGUACACCUGGUGGAUUGGGAAGUCCAAUGAAAAGCAUUACUACUGGGGUGGCUCCGGGCCAGGGAUUCAAAAAUGUGCAUGUGGCAUUGAACGGAACUGUACUGAUUCGAAAUACUACUGCAACUGUGAUGCCGAUCAUAAACAAUGGAGAAAAGACACCGGGUUCCUGUCUUAUAAAGACCAUCUGCCUGUCAGCCAAGUUAUAGUGGGAGACAUUGAUCGGCCUGGCUCAGAAGCAAAGCUCACCGUGGGCCCUCUGCGAUGCCACGGAGACCAGAAUUAUUGGAACGCAGCAUCGUUCAUUACUCCAUCUUCAUAUCUUCACUUCUCCACCUUCCAAGGGGAAACCAGCGCUGACAUCUCUUUCUACUUCAAAACGUCAGCCCCUGACGGAGUGUUUCUUGAGAAUCUGGGGAAUACGGACUUCAUCAAACUUGAGCUGAAAUCUGCAACCGACGUGUCCUUUUCAUUCGAUGUUGGAAAUGGCCCAGUGGAGAUCGUUGUGAGAUCACCCAGUCCUCUCAAUGAUGACCAAUGGCAUCGUGUUGUUGCUGAGCGAAAUGUUAAACAGGCCAGCCUACAGGUAGAUCAGCUCCCACUGGAGAUCCGGAAGGCCCCUACAGAAGGCCACACCCGGCUGGAACUCUAUAGCCAGUUAUAUGUGGGUGCUGCAGGCGCCCAGAAGGGAUUUCUGGGCUGCAUUCGCUCUCUGCGAAUGAAUGGGGUCACUCUGGAUUUAGAAGAGAGGGCAAAAGUUACACCAGGAGUGAAGCCUGGGUGCUCGGGCCAUUGCACCAGCUUUGGGAUGUACUGCGAGAAUGGCGGCAAGUGUGUUGAAAAAUACAACGGCUACUCUUGUGACUGCUCCCGGACAGCGUACGAUGGUCCAUCCUGCAAAAAAGAGGUUGGAGCAUUUUUUGAAGAAGGGAUGUGGCUCCGGUAUAACUUUUCAUCGGCAGGAAGUAACAUGAAGGACUUGGUUAGCAGGACUCUCUUGAGCUCAACAGAACCGGAAAACGCUGCAUCUGACUUUAACCUGAAUAGAGAAGAGCUUAGUUUCAGUUUCAGUACCAGCAAACCGCCCGGCGUCCUUCUCUAUAUCAGUUCAUACACCAAGGACUACAUGGCGGUGCUUUUGAAUGCUUCCGGAAAUUUACAAAUUCGGUACCACCUUGGAGUCACCAAAGAACCAUAUAACAUCAAUGUAGAUCACAGGAACGUGACGAAUGGACAGCCGCACAGCAUUAAUAUCACACGAAAUGGGAAGGAGAUCACUGUUCAGCUGGAUCAUUAUCCUCCGAUAACCCACAGCCUGCCAGGAACCUCAGACCUUCAGUUCAGCUCCUUGAAGUCCCUCUUUCUAGGAAAAGUAAUAGAGCUUGGGGCAAUUGAUGAAGAGAUCCGUAAAUACAACACACCAGGAUUCUCCGGCUGCCUGUCUCGAGUACAGUUCAACCAAGUCGCCCCACUCAAAGCAGCGUUGAGACCAACCAACAUCUCUUCUCGCGUCCACACAGAAGGUCAUCUCGUCGAAUCCAACUGCGGAGCCAAUCCGCUAACCAUCCAACCAAUGUCUUCUGUGACAGACCCUUGGCACGCAGAUUCGGGUGAUAAUCCCUCACACGAUGGUAAAAUGCUGGGAAGCGACGUUAAUAGAAACUCAGCAAUUAUUGGAGGCAUCAUUGCUGUGGUGAUCUUCACAAUCCUCUGCACCCUGGUGUUCCUCAUACGCUACAUGUUCCGCCACAAGGGGACUUACCACACCAACGAAGCCAAGGGCGCGGAGUCUGCCGAAAGCGCGGAUGCCGCCAUCAUGAACAAUGACCCCAAUUUUACGGAAACCAUCGACGAGAGCAAAAAAGAGUGGCUUAUCUAAGAUUGGGGGGCGGGGAGCAGGAGGUUUGGGAGGAGGGCUUGGGGAGGGCCAGGGGAGACUUUUUCAGCAAGGAAAAGAGAGCCGUCUUACAGACUCUUGAGCACACCUAGUUUUAAAAAAAAUAAGAGGCGAUCAGCACAACGGGCGGAGCAAGUGACAGACAAAUAUUUGAGACUGGAAACCGUGAAAGCAUUUCCGAGAAGUACUUUUUAAUAUUGAUUUACAGUGAAUCGCUCCCUUCUUGUAUGCAUCCAAACCAAGAGCAUCAAACCCUGCAUUGGUUCACCCUUGUCAGUAAUAUCUGUCUUCUUUGUGUGUGGCUAGAGGUGUUCAAAUAUCCCUGUAAGUAACAGGGCCCACUUUUCUAUAUUUUUUAAGGCCCCUUAAAAUGUAAAUAUUUCUCUCCUGAGAACAGCAAAUCAGACUCUGGAAUCCGGGACUGUUCUUCUCAAGUGUUCUCGCACGGAUAAUUCCCUAGGAAGGUUCCUGUAAACAGCUGGUCAUGCUCAAAUAGUGUUUCAGCCGUCAUGGUUUCAGUGUACGUUGAAAAAGUUUCAGAUCAGGCUAGGAUUGCCACGUCCCAGUGGGGAAAUCCCUGGAAAUUUAAAAUCAGAACCUGGGGAGGGUAAAGCCUGGGCAAGAAAGGGAGCGCGACAGGGGUGUGAUACUAGACAGUCCGCCUUUCAAAUCUGGUGUUUUUUUCUCCAGGGGAACAGAUUUCUGAAUUCUGGAGAUCAGUUGUCAUUCCAGGAGAACUCCAGGCCCCACCUGGAGGUUGGCAACCCUAAGGCAGGCAUAUCUACACUACAGAGUUUAAACUGGUUUUGCAGUCACUCCCAUAGAAUUCUGAGAACUGGACCAUUCUGUAAGUCAGGACGCAGAAUCUCGCUUCCGACAUCAGCAGCGCGUUCCAUCAGACAGUUGAAGAAAUGUGGUCGGAACCCAUCUCCUAAGGCCCUUUGUUCCCCGUCGUCACCCAAGUUUCCAGGAGAGGUCUUGCUGGAGGUAGGCGGCCUCAGUUUCCCUCGGGUCCCUUGGGGUAUCCAAGAGGCAUUAGAAGGGGCCACACUGGCGUAGCUAAAGGUAGUGUUGGUGGGCCCCUGAUAGCAGAUCCUCUUUAUCCUGGACGGUUCCCAAUGUUCUUUGGUGGAAGCCAUAAACUGGUUUACAGCUGAAAACUGGAGUGCGGAAGAGCCCUUGGGGGAGGGGAGGCCACAUUUGCCUGUUUCCAAUCUUCCAUCAACCUGUGCCAACACUUCAAUGUCUGAUGCGAGCACCUGACGAUGAUUGUGUAUAAUGAUUAUCAAUAAUGUAAAAAAAAAAGGACUCUUACUAUCAUUCCUAUUGUUGUCAGAGAGGAAUAUCAUAAAGCAAAGGAAACCCUGUUUAUUUUCUUGCUUCUGUGUGAAGGAAGAUCGUUCCAUUUCACACUGUUAUGACUCUGCCGACCUGAGGUCAAUUGUACCACAUCAGAUUUUGUCCGACCUGCGCCCUGUUGGCAUAAGCUGUACAUAUGUAGCCAUAUGCAUCGUAGUACGGAAUUAGAUCCAGAAUUUCCAAGUUUGUUUGCUUCUGUUUCUUAUAUAUAGGCUGUUGCAGAAAUAUGACUAUUGUUUUAUCAAACGCAUUUGAUCUGGGAGAUGUCCAUGUAUUCCAUAUACCUGCCAGUGGCCCACCAGUGAACUUGUGAACCAGAAUACCUUUAUUGGUAUUUAAAACAAGAAGGUACAAUAAAACAUAUAUCUAGCAAUUCCUC